AUGCCGCUGCGCGCCAGAACACUGCUCAAAAAACUCGAAAGCGACCAUGCGGAAGGCCUCUCUAGAAAAGAAAUGUUUCUCGCUACGGAGGAUCUGUUACCGGUCACCGAAGACAAGAAGACGUGGGAUUCAUGGAACUUUGUGAUGUUUUGGGUAGCAGACAGUUUCAACUUGAAUACGUUUACGAUUGCGAGUUCGAUGAUGAGUUCCGGAUUGAAUUGGUGGCAGUCUUUGGUCUGUGUCAUUGUGGGAUAUAGUCUGGUCGGCCCUCUUCUCGUUCUGAACGCUCGUCCAGGAGCAAUGCACGGUAUCGUCUUCCCCGCUGCUUGUCGUACAACCUUUGGAGUAUUUGGUUCGCUCUGGCCCGUUUUCAACCGAGCGGCGAUGGCUUGUAUCUGGUGGGGUGUUCAAUCAUGGCUCGGUGGAGAGUGCAUGUACGUCCUAGUGCGCGCCAUAUGGCCGUCCUUUGCGAGAAUCCACAAUUCCAUGCCCGAGUCUACCGAAACCACCACCGCCUACAUCAUAGCCUUCGUCCUCUACUGGAUACUCUCCUUGCCGACUAUUUGGGUACCAAUCCACAAACUGCGGUGGCUCUUCCUUGGCAAAGCUAUCGUCGGUCCCAUCGUUGGCUUCACCUUGUUCGGCUGGUCCAUCACUCGAGCAGGCGGCAUCGGUCCCGUCUUUUCGCAGAGAGCGACACUUUCUGGUAGUGCGCUCGGCUGGCAGAUGAUCAUUUCCAUCUCGUCGUGCUUCAACAACAUGUUCACGCUCGUCACCAACUCUUGCGACUUUGCCAGUCGCGCGAAAAAGCCGAGUGCAGCUGUCUGGCCUCAGAUCAUUGCGAUGCCUAUUGGGUUCUCGAUCACGAGCUUCUUGGGCAUUGUGAUUGCUUCUGCUAGUGCGCCUCAGUUUGGUGAGCAGAUCUGGGACGUGGUCCAGAUCAUGGAUGCCAUGCUCGACGACGGCUCUUCCUCCACCCGCGCCGGUCUCGUAUUCAUCGCCGCCGGCUUCGUCUACGUCCAACUCCUCCUGAACGUCGCCGCCAACUCCAUCUCUGCAGGAUGUGACCUCACCGCCCUCUUCCCGCGCUACCUCUCCAUCCGCCGGGGCGGGUAUGUCGCAGCGAUUGUGGGGAUCUGUAUGAAUCCUUGGUUGUUGUACAAGUCUUCUGCGACUUUCAGCAACUAUUUGGGAUCGUAUGGGGUGUUGUUGUCGUGUAUUGCGGGACCUAUGGUGACGGACUAUUGGCUCGUGAGGAGGGGACAUAUCAGGGUGAACGACCUCUAUAGUGGAGAGGAGGAUGGGUGGUAUUGGUACAGUAUGGGGGUCAACUGGCGAGCAUACUUGGCGUACUUUGUCGGCUUCGCCUUCAACGCUCCAGGAUUCAUCAAUGCCCUCCGACCCGAUAUUAUCGUCCCUGUUGGCUUCCAACGCGUCUACUACCUCUCCUGGCUUACCGGUACCGGUAUCUCCGGCGUCGUCUACUUCCUCGCCUGCUACUUUUUCCCUCCUCCUGGUAUGAACAAGAGCUUUGAGGAAGUUGAUGAGAGUGCGGGUGAAUUGAGGGUGGACCAGAAGCUUGGAGGGAAGAUGCGCGGGGAAGGGGAAUGGCAGGAAGGAGGUGUGGAGAACUUCGAGGGGGCGGAAAAGAAUAAGAGCCAGGAUGAGAAUGUUACUGUUCUGGAGGCUUAG